CCCAAAGCGAGCUAUUGUUCUCUGAGGCACUUUCUACUAGCCAUUGUUCUCUCUCUCUCUCUCUCUCUCUCUCUCUCUCGGCCAUGACCAUUUGCCAAGCCGAAACUGUUUUUCGAAUCCUUGGAAAGCCUAACAUAUUAGCCAUUGUUCUCUCUCUCUCUCUCUCUCUCCCUCGGCCAUGUCAAUCACUGUGAGAAAAUUAGCCAACUUGGGCUCCUCCACUUCACUUUCUUACCUCAUGUCCAAGAAGCACAAGGCGUAUAUAUAAGGCCUUCGUGAUUUAUCUCCGUGGAUUGGCAGUAGUCUUCGGGAUUUCUCAGUGGGUGCUGGCCAAACUGGGUCUAGUGCUUCCUUUGAUACGUCUGGUGGGUCAUGCGAACUAAUGCAGAGGAUGGUGCUGGACUAAGCCCCAUAGAAUUCCAGAGAUGGCAUAAUGGAGGUGGGAUUUUCCACAAGUCAGCUUUCAUUGACCCAACAGCGCUCAUAGAGACCGGUGCUGUAGUUCAUCCAAAAUCCGUUGUCAGUGCAUAUGUUCAUAUUGGAUCAGGAACUGUUGUUGGACCUUCUGUGCUAAUCGGCCAAUUGACAAAAAUAGGGUACAAUGUUGCACUCAGUAAUUGUGCUAUCAGUAAUUCAUGUGUAAUCCACAAUGGAGUUUGCAUUGGUCAAGAUGGGUUUGGGUUUUUCGUGGAUGAGAAAGGGGACAUGUUGAAGAAACCUCAAUUGCUGAAUGCUAUGAUUGGGAACCAUGUGGAGAUUGGUGCAAAUACAUGCAUUGACAGGGGGAGCUGGGGAGAUACAAUUAUUGGGGAUCAUUCAAAGAUAGAUAAUUUAGUUCAGAUUGGUCAUAAUGUAGUUAUUGGGAGAAGUUGCAUGCUUUGUGGACAAGUUGGGAUUGCAGGUUCAGUGACGAUAGGAGACUAUGUAACUUUGGGGGGAAGGGUAGCAGUUCGGGAUCAUGUUUCCAUUGUGUCAAAGGUCCAGCUUGCUGCUACUAGCUGUGUCACCAAGGAUAUCAAAGAAUCUGGGGAUUAUUGUGGCUUUCCUGCUGUUCCAAUUCAUGAGUGGCGCAGACAAGUUGCUACCCAAUUUCGGACUUCAAAGAAAGGGGUUUGAGUCGAAGAUAUGUUAGGAUUUAUUGUAGAUUUGGCUUAGGUGCUGUAAAAAAAACUAUAGCAUAUGAGCUGUAGUUGUUUUUUUAAAGGUCCAAAUUUAUGAUGUAGUAGAUUUGUGGCGAAGUUUCUUCUGCAGUAUCUAAUUUGCUGGGGGUUUCUACCA